UUAGAUGAAAUUUGGGGACAUAAGCAGAGGGAUAUAAAUCCAGGCAUCGCUUGAAGAGCCAAGGUCUCUGCAGAAGUCGCAGACAUUCCUGAACUGCUGCAAAGCCUUGCAAGGAUGAAUAGUGUGCUGAUUAUUAUUGUGUUUGCUGGCACCUGCUCAGCAGUUCGUAAGUACGAGGUUCCUGUACCCAUUCCGAUGAUGCCAGACUUGGAUCUAAAGAAGCUCACCGGUAAGUGGUUUCCUAUUGCAAUGGUACAGUAUAACAAACAAAAGAGACCACUCUUUGGCUAUUCAAUGGAGCCCCAAGAGGAUGGAGGACUGGUCUUCAAAGUUGAUUAUCCAUGGGAUGGACAAUGUCUGAGUAAAACAGUUCUUGUACACCCUGUAAAGCAGGCCGAAUUCGAUAGUGUAGAUGGGUGGACAACAAUACACAUCGUGGAUACAGAUUAUGAGACUUACCAUACCAUCCUCUUCAGAACAGUGCGUUCAGGCAUACUACAGCUCUUUGGCAGGGAACAGACUGUGGCAGAUGAAGUGAAAGAAAAAUUUAAAACUUUGGCCACAGAUUUGCAAUUCGAUCCAGAUGCAAUCGCCUAUGUAUCCGAAAAUAAUCUCUGUAUAUAAGAAGAUAUGGAAAAGAAAGCCAAAAAUAACAUGGGAAAGAUGUCUGCAUGAGGAUGGGGAUGGAGGAAUCAUCCUGGAAUCUGCCUCCUGCAUUGCAAAUACCAACCACCAUUGUGAACCAUUCCAUUUGGAAAGAAAACUUGAAUCAUUUGGAUCAGAUAUAUAU